GUAAAUAGAAUGAAAUGCGCGGUAAAAGUAAAAGAAGAUGCUUUAAAUAAAGUAAGAACAGAAUUCAUGGAUAUGAUCAUGGAACUUACAAAUGUGAUUAAAAUACAGAAAAAAAGGAUAUACGAAGUAACAAAUAUGUGUAACAAUCAACAGCAUAUAUUGUACAAGAAAGAUGAAGAAUUAUUUCAGAAAGCUACAGAACUAUCGGAAGUACAAAGUAUGUUGGAGUCUAAUAACAGCACCUGUAAAGAAAUGGAGGAACAAAUAGAACAUUUAAAACAUUGUCUGUGCGAAGAAACAAGAGCUUGUGAUUGUUUUAAGCAAGAAAUAGAAAUUCUUAAAGAAAAUCAUUUAUCUGAAAUAAGGAUAAAAGAAAAGAUUGUAGAAGAACAAAACAAGACUAUUUCAAGGCAAAAAAAGUUACUGCACGAUAGCGAAGAAAUGGCCCAACAAUUAGCCUCUGAGUUCGAUAGACUCAAACUAGAAUUAUGUCAAGAAAAGCAAAAAAAUAAAUCUUUACAGAUAACAUUGAACAAGACUGAUAAUGAAUUAAACAAAGUUCAUUCAUUGGACUGUAAAAAGUGUAGAACUUUGACAUCUAAAAUAGAUCAUUUGAAGACAGAAAAAGAAAGAGCACUGGCAAUUGCAAAAUUUUCUUAUCAAAAAUUAAAUCAGUCUGUGAAAGAAUAUCAAAAGCAACUCUGUUGUGAGAGGCAGCAACAUAAAUAUAUGGCAUUAAUUAUCGAAAAGAAAGAGAAGGAGAUAGGAUGUUUAAAAAAUCAAAUAUGCCAAAGAAGUUCAAGAUAUACAAAGGAAAUGAACAAUUAUGUCUUAUAAUGUGGUGAAA